GUGUGGAUCAUAAUCCUGAACGCAGGACAUAAGAAAAGAAAAACCCCUUUCGAAAUGUUGGAAAUGUGCCGGUCUCGCCAUUGCCCGCCAAUGAAAAAUAAUCACUUUGUUACAAGAAUACACACAGGCAAGCAGCAAAACAAUCGAACUCUCUAUCUCACUCUCUUUUCCAAAAUGCUCACUCACUCAACUUUCUCUCUUCUUCACUUCUCCGAUGUAUUUGAAUUUUUCUGGACGACAAUAGAGAAAGUUUCAACCCUAAAACCUAGUAGCUAGUGAGAUUAACUAAAGCAAACAAACAUACACAACAGAGACAAACUAGCAUUUCGAAGCAAAAAUGGCAAUUGGCAACACAACAUCAGUAGAGAACAGAUACUAAUGUUGCGACCAUGAAUAGCAAUAGUGUUUUGCGUAGUUGGUUCUUAUUUUAAAUCCCCAUUAACGGGUAAACAACAGUUCGGUCCACUUUAAUAGCUCCACACACAAAGACACUUUCAACACAUCAGAUGCGUACUAGAUUUAGGUUCAUCUGGUUUAUUCCAUUUUUGUUUAAGGAUCGGAAAAGAACCCCUGCCCAUACUUAACACUACAACGACCUAUCAGCCAUUUUGUGGAUAAGAAAUUCAUUAUGUAUCAAAAAUUUCUUUUGCUAAAACUUAUCCUAACCAAAAUAACAUGGAUUUCGAAUUUCAUAAAAUAUUUUUUUCUUCUUGCAAUGGAUUGAAGAAUAAAUUAUACGACCGAACCAAUACGAAAUUCGGGGAAAUACAACAGAAUACAACAGAAUUUCAGAAAAUUUCAGCAUUUUCAGAAUGUGAUUUCGAGAGAAUUUCAAAUAUGUUACAUGGUUCGAAACACUUCAAAUAUAUGAAAAGCAAUGUAAACUGUGGGAAAAAAUAAAAAAAUAAAGCAUUUGGUGGCCAAACAGUUGAAAUAUCCUUGAUAUUUCAAGGAUCGUGGCAAACAGACACAACCAAUCCGGUCGAAGUGACAUUUUUCUAAUCCUGGUCGUUUUAGUGUUAAGAAAACAGGGUUUGACCGUUUAAGUCGUUUGCUUGAGUGUGUACAUAUAAGUUACUGAGUGAAGCGAUAAGGUGGAACAACAUGAGGGGAUGAUAGAAUGCUUUGGGGAUGCUUUUUUACGUCGAUCGUUCACAGAAUGCUUUCCAGGCAGACGUUCAAAAUGGAGAUCGUUUGAUCUUUACUCGUUACAUGCGCCAUUUUUUUGUUUGUUUUGUUUAACAAUGUAUAACUAUCGAUUACGGUUCGUACGGUCGGAGAUGGAAAUAAGUAUACAUAGAAUUAGUAGCUAAUAGUGUUACCGCUGCAAAUUUACGCACACCGACCGCCAUGUUGUGAAUGGAUGUAUUUGCGAGAGAGAAAAAAGAAAGGAAAAAGAUCGCAACCUCUGUUAUCCACUGUUGGACUCACAUUCUUUACUAAUUUUACCUCGAGUAAGGUAUCCGUUACCGUUACAAGCGCUACCUCUUAAGGGAUCGACGGACGAUGCGAUCCCCGGAAAGGAUUUUUUUGUUUUGUUUUUUUUUCUAAACAUCCCUUGUACGUGUGCGUGUAUGUAUGGGAGUACAAUGCGUUCAGUUUUUCACGCUUUCCACGUUGCAAUUUAUACGAUUUGUAACGUUUUGGUAACACUGAUGAUCGCUUUUGGCAUUCCGGGUAUCCUGUUUGUUUUUUCUUUGUUAUUACUGUUGGCUCUAUUUCAUGUUUCUUCACUUUCUCGUUUACUGUAAGUAAGGUUCCAUCAAAUAUGGAGAAUGCGUGUGUGUGUGGUAUUAAACCGUACGUUACGAGUGUUACAAUCACAACUUAAGCAAGUGAGAGCAAAGAGUAAAAAUAGUAGGGUAUAAAUAAUAAUACACUUUAAUCGUAAUGGGUAUUGUGCGCAUUGACAAAGCGGACGCAGUAUCGUAAUAGGGGGAUUAAACUUUAGCUAAUCGUUAUCAAAAAAAAGAAGAAAGAAAAGAAAAAGAAAAAGAAACCCAAAAAACAAAAAAUCACACGUUUCUUCGUCAAACAAAGUAUUCUAUUUGUUAUUCUAGCUAAAACAAAAGCAAAACCAUGUGUGAGUGGUACGAUAAAAAAAAAACGCAAACCAAAAAAAAAUCGGUCGAUUUGGCUAAUCAUUCCGGUUAACAUUCGUGCAGUGUAUACAUACAAACGCUUCGUGUUUGAGAAAUUUAAACUAAACCGAAACAUUCAUAAAUGCACACAAACACAAACACACACAUAUACACAAACAAACAAACAAAGAAACAAAUAAAAGAGUGGACAUAAUAGUGAUGCAUGUAAGUGUUCGGUGGAGGAAAAACUUUGUUGAGUGUUGUUAAAAAUAAUAAAAAGAAAACAAAAUAACAGACAAUUAUUAAAAUAAUGUUUACACCGACAAAUACACACACAUACAAACACACACACACAUACCGCUAUACACACAAAUGCUCCAAGCUGCAAGGACUCGGUGUACAAUUAGGUGCGCGAUAGCAGAAGAAAAGCCGACCGAAGUGAAGGAACAUUGCAUUAGAUAAUGGGUAAUGGUGCAGCCUGCAACGGGGCCGUUAGCGUAGGGAAAGCGAAUCGGACAACAGCCGAAACAUGAAAAGAGGAUAAUGGAAGCUAUAAAACAAGGUGAUAUUUACAUUUAGAUGCGAUCGUAACCCAUAUCAUUCCACCCCUCCCAUUUCCCAAACGCAUAUACAUAUAUACCACUGGCAUACAAAUUCCAUUACACCCACGUCUAGCUCUAGAGGUGCGACGUAACGGAAUAGCAAACAUUGUUGUUGGAGACCAUAUCGUGCUGUAGGUGGCAUUUUCAAUUGUGAGAUUGUAGCGUCGAGUCCCCUUCUCGACCAUUUCUUAGUUGGAUAAUAAUGAACGGACAAAACAAAAGGCAGAAAAAAAAGCAAAGCAAAAAAAAACUAAUAUACACUUAAUUACCACAACCUACAUUGUACCGUAUUCCGUUCGGUUAGGAGAAGAAGGUAAAGAAAAAUGGGAGAGAGAAAAGCUUAAAAAUAUAAACAUAAAUCAAACAAAACUGCGCAUCAUUCAUACACGUCAUGCUUCUCUUAAGUGCUGUUUCACGAAAUGUCUAGCAAGCGAACAAAAUAGUAAAUGCGUCAAACCAGCAAAAACACAAAUGAUAAGUUAAAGUAAAAUAUAAAACUAAUAUACACUACACAAACACAUACACACAGACACACGGAAAACACAAACAAAUACAUAAAAGCAUGAUACAACCUUAAGUAAAACACAAAGAAGAAAAAAAAAGUAAAGAAAAUAUCCAAACGAUACGCAAAAUGCGUGAAUCAAAUCGCAAAGUAGUUUAGUGCUAUGUAAAGAAAACAGAUCAAACUCUAUCACUACAGAAAUAACACAAAACAUGAAAAAGGAAGCGAACAAAAAAAAAGAGAAAGAAAACAAACAAAACUGUAAACAACAAAAAGUCAUGCACGAGGGAAGCUCACCAAUAACCGGCACGGCCAACCGGUGGGCGAACCGAAUGCACUUAGAACUUUAGGAGGUAAACAAGUUAAGUAAAUGUAUUUAAUAAGCGCGUCUGUAGCACAAUAUUUAAAGUAACUGAAAGGAAGAAAGCGAAAAAGGGUGGCAGGAUAAAUCAUGGCCGAAUGAAAAAUGGGCAAAUGUUACGAUUUCGGAAUGGGCCCUGGUUAGCAUUUCGAGCCGAGACAAACGCAACGGUGUACGCAACAACAAUCCCAGCACUGUGCAACUAUCUUUAACACUUUAUCUUUAUCGCUAUCCAAAACAAAACAAAAAUGCUGCAAUCCAUCAAACAUAAAGCAAGGAACGUAACAAAAGGAGCAAAUUUUGAAUCGUAUCGAAAUUCAAACAUGAAGAGUCAAGCCGAUCUGGUGCCGAUCGGGGUUGAAACGCAGCAAGAUGGGCGUGUUUCGAUCAUUAUGUCCCGAUCGUUGUUAAUUCAUUGUUGUACGUACGUUGCUCGGCGGACAAAGUUAUCCAUUUCCGGGGCGUUCUUCUUCGCUCCCCUCCACCUCCCAUCCCAGCCCAUCAUUUCCAUCAUUUUCCAUCAUUUGCCAUUUUCGUUCCCUUUGAGGCAAGGCAAUUAUGUUUCCGUAAAUUUGUAGAACCCAAAAACAAAUGCGAUACAUUCACUUGAUAGUUGUUACACACAUAUAUUUGAAGAAGCGUAGCGGUAAAAGACGCGAAUGGCGUAUGUCGGAAAAUUGAGAAGAAACAAAGAAUGGAAAACAGAGAGAAAAACAUGUUCAUCCAAAGAGUACGCAAAUUUUGAAUGUAAUUAAGAGCUGUUCGAUUGAGGAAGCGAAAAAUUAAUAAAAACCAUUCGUAACGAGCGGUGCAUGUGUGUGCGUGCGAUUAAGGAGUGUUAAAUACGGCUUGGAAAAUUAAACUAGAAAGAAAUUGUUUGAGUUUAACACAUUUGGCAGUGAGAGAUGCAGUAAGAAACAGAAAAAAUAAUAUAUACAUAUAUACAUAUAUGAGAAAUAAUAACAAAUGACUGGUAUGGAAAACUAACAGAAACCAACUGUCAUGAACAUGGAAAAAGCACACCCGCAACAUGAACAGAACUGUACAUAAAGCAAAAACCAAACUCUCAUCUUUGAAAGCGACCAUUAACGAAGAUGGUUAGUAGCAUCCGUAACAAAAUAGCAUACGUUAUCGUACGAGCAGCAGCAACAGCAGAAACAAUAACAAAAAAACACAGUACAUGUGGCAACGGCGAAAAGGUAACAAUAAUAUCAACGCAUAAAUAACAGCCAAAAACAUGAGAUGAUCCCUCGUGAACGUCUUUAGUUGCUGCUUACCAAGGUUAGUAGUAGGUGCUGUAAAAAAAACGUACUAUUAGCAGUAAUCAUUCGAAAGCCAGUCGAAAGAGCGGACAGCCACAUGGCAUAUAACGAGUGUCGAGAUAUGUACAGUUGACCAGGGGCAGCCGAUGCGCGCAAAUCAUGUCGAGUGUGGCACGAGAAUUCCAAGAAACACAAGAAAGGAAAACAAAAACGACCACAAAUGUUUACCCACCAUAAUUAAAUUGAACAUAUUUACAAAACUAAUAAAUUAUUGAAAACUUACUCAUAAACACGAAAAGCCGACGAUAAUGCUGAUCAAAACAGAAGGGUAAAACAAAGGCAGAAAGGGAGUAGAGGUGGGAAAGGUGACAAGUGCUAAAAAAGAAAUGGAGGUAGGCCAGUAUACCCUUACCGCAGAUAGUUUUUCUUUUCUUUCCCUUCGCUGUGCUGUGGGAACAAGAAUAAAAGUAACUUAAGACAACAGUGACACAAAAGUUCUCACAAAAGAAAAUAAAAAAAAACACACACACACAUCGAUAAACAAUCUCUAUUGCUUCUAAUAAUGUUUAACAUCAAUCCAGUCCAACACUAUAAAACGGUCAUUUGGCUAUAUUUGGCCUGAAUGUUUGGCGCUAGAAGUAUGAUAAGGCUGCAUGCUAAGUUACCUAACAUCCGUUCGGUUCGCACAGUACAAUAGAUUAGUCGCAACCAGAAUAAAUGAUACAGCAAGUAAGGAACAAUCUUCAGAAAGCAAUCUUCCCACACAAAGAACAAAAGACAGAAACAAACAAAAGAAAAAAAUCUUAAAAAUGAUGCAAGCAUAGGGCGCCACAGGAUCGUGAUCGUUGAAGCAGACACCUGAUGAGCGUUCAAAGGUGAUGAACAUAAAACAAACAAACAAACAAAAAGCUAGCUCCUGCGUUCCAUUCUGCGACCAUACCAUACACCAUCUGAAGAAACAAAUGAACAAACAUACAGUAAAAUCUAGGACAUGAAGGAUAACGUACGGCCCGGGUACAAGUACAUUUAUUGUUUUCCGUGAAAUGAAAAAAGUACGAAAUAAAAGAGAACGCAUGAUCAUACGCAAGUGAAACGCACAUGAGCUAGUGGCGUUCCUACUUGUGCUACUACUACUACUACAACUAAUACUACUAUUAAUGCUACAAGUGAAACUACUUCUAACGCUAGCUGUCACUGUCACCUUCAGCAUCAUACACCUUUCUGAUACACAAACAAUGUAACGACACUCUCUCAGAUACUCCAUUCAUGUAGAACCGAAUCAUUGACGCAUCUUUACGCAACGAAGUUACAACGUUACAACAAACACCAAAACACCUCAAACUCAUAUUCACGCACAGCAUUGAUACGUUAGUGAUGGGUAUGCUUUUCGCGAUAAGAGAAUGUUCAAAGCCAACUCUAGCAAAAAAUUGGUUUCGCCGUAACCGAAAGAAAGUAGCAUUCGUUUCGCUUCGUUUCGCUAGCCCUGUCAUGCGAUGUAGUACGCAAUCUUGUGCUACGGGAUCUAGUUGUACUACACUACAUAACGCGUAACGCAACGUAACGAUCAAAAGCAAUACAAAACAAAAAUAAACUUUCUUUUUCUCGAAAAUCGUAAGUACAUAUCUAAUAGUUAGUACUACUACUACUACUACCACUACUACUACUAACUUUAAUUUCGCUGCCGUUUCGCUUCCGAAUGGCUGACAUUGCCGAACGUGUGUUCGGCCAUUUUAUUUGCUAGUAGUCGCAGAUCACUUCAGGACUGAUUGAGCGAGCCACUUGUCUGCUUUCCGUAUACUACAACCCCCGGUACUAGCUAACCGGUCGAGAAUGCUGCAUUUUCAUGUGUUUGUUUUCCUUUGGUUUUCUUCUCACUUCAAACUUAAUUUAUCUUGCCAUAUUUUACAUAUAUGCACAGUACAGUUAAAGAAUUUAAUUUUAAGAAUAAACAAAAAAAGAAGUUUAAUAGUAACACAUUACAACAUCGGCAAAACACUACAAUGACAAUCGCUUAACGUUUUACAACUGUUUACAGUCCAUUUUCAAACCUCCCCCCGUAUUUUAGGACCGAAUGAUUGCAGAUUGGCAUAGAGAGCGUGGGGAAGAUGCACGGCCCAGAUACACACACAGACACGCACGCAUACAACCACAUCAUCACACGUACCUCUCAGCCACAGAAACGAACACGACACUACACGUCCCUCUAUCACCAUUCUCGUGUCACGUAAGUUUGUGCGGAAGAUCAACGCAAAGAACGCAAACGAUCUUACAUUCUAUGUUGUGCCGUGGUAUAGCCAUAGUGAUCAGGUUCCGUUCAGGUUCAGGUCACCGGAGAACAAUAAAACAAACGCCCAAAUACAAUACAAACACACAGAUACACGAUGAUGUGGUGAGUUGUGAAUUUUGAAUGUUAAACUACAUCUCUUGCCCAGGGCCCUACGUCAAUACCUUAACGCUAUACUUUGGAGCUUAUCUCAAAAACUUACUCGAUCACGUACAUUUCUUCCAUCAUUCUGCUCAACACUUACUAAUUCCUUUUUCUGUCAAUGAAUAAUCGUAUAUUGUCUAUAAAAACACACAAAACGCUCACGCUCCAGCAUCUCUGCUUUUCCGUACUCUCUGGCUUAACGAUCAGCAAAGUAAAGGCGUCGAAGUUAAUCGACUGCAUCAGGACUGGUCAAGAUGCCAGCAAACGCUACACCUUAACUUAACCAUUCGUAUGUUACUGUUUCCCAUGUGCAAUGUACCGUACUUUGAAAGAUCAGGAAGGAAUGGACGGCAUGAAUGGCCGCUAAGUAAACCGUUAAAAAUUAAGCUAAACCAAACGCUUCUUCCAGGCUUCCGCCAGAGCAACAUUCCUAAUCGUACCUUUCUUUGUUUUCUGUCCACAAAUCGCUCUAAACUUCCCUGCCGUAAUUUUUUACACUAGAACGCCUCAGUUCUUUGUGCCCUACCCGCACUCACGAAAAUAGGGCGAACUUACUUUUACACCAAAACGCAUUAGAUUGUAAACGGCUUGACAUCUUCAUAUACCAUCUCUCAGAACACCUCAGAAAACAGAGCGACCGAUGGUUUUGACGACGAAAACGAAUGAUUGCAAUGAUUGUUAAGAAGAAUACAAAUGUUAUUAUAUGAAACAAUAUAGCUGAUAAAACUACACUGGGAACCAAUGAUGUGAAUAAAUCAACUAAACAUUACUGAAUCGAA